CAGACGCGGUGGCCGCCGCGCGCCUGCGGGGAGCUCGCUGCUGACCCGCCCCGCGAGCCCGUGUCCCACACGCACCGUCGCCAUGGCUACAAAAGACCCCACAGCCGUGGAGAGAGCCAACUUGUUAAACAUGGCCAAGCUGAGCAUCAAAGGGCUCAUUGAAUCUGCCCUGAGCUUCGGCCGCACUCUGGACUCGGACUAUCCCCCGCUCCAGCAGUUCUUUGUGGUUAUGGAACACUGUCUGAAACAUGGCCUUAAAGUGAGAAAAUCAUUUUUGAGUUAUAACAAAACUAUUUGGGGCCCUCUGGAACUGGUGGAGAAGCUGUACCCAGAAGCAGAGGAAAUCGGAGCAAGUGUCCGGGACUUGCCUGGCCUUAAAACCCCCCUGGGUCGUGCUAGAGCGUGGCUCCGAUUAGCCCUUAUGCAAAAAAAAAUGGCCGAUUACCUGCGUUGCUUAAUUAUCCAGAGGGAGCUCCUGAGCGAGUUCUAUGAGUACCAUGCGCUAAUGAUGGAGGAGGAAGGAGCCGUGAUUGUUGGGCUGCUGGUCGGCCUGAAUGUGAUCGAUGCCAAUCUGUGUGUGAAGGGAGAGGACCUAGACUCCCAGGUUGGAGUGAUUGAUUUCUCAAUGUAUUUAAAGAACGAAGAGGAGACUGGGAACAAAGAAAGGAAUGUUCAAAUUGCUGCCAUCUUAGACCAAAAGAAUUACGUCGAAGAACUAAAUAGACAACUCAACAGCACAGUCAGCAGCCUCCAUUCAAGAGUGGACUCGUUAGAGAAGUCCAACACGAAGCUGAUCGAAGAGUUAGCAAUAGCGAAGAAUAAUAUCAUUAAGCUCCAAGAAGAAAACCAUCAGUUACGUAGUGAAAACGAGUUGAUCUUAAUGAGAACGCGGCAGCAUCUGGAGGUUACCAAAGUGGAUGUGGAAACUGAGCUUCAGACAUACAAGCAUUCCCGGCAAGGUCUAGACGAAAUGUAUAAUGAUGCGAGAAGGCAGCUUCGAGACGAGUCACAGCUCCGACAGGAUGUGGAGAAUGAGCUGUCAGUACAAGUUGGCAUGAAGCAUGAGAUUGAGCUUGCUAUGAAGUUGCUGGAGAAGGAUAUUCAUGAGAAACAAGACACUCUCAUAGGCCUUCGGCAACAGCUGGAAGAGGUCAAAGCAAUCAACAUCGAGAUGUACCAAAAGCUGCAGGGCUCUGAAGACAGCUUGAAAGAAAAAAAUGAAAUAAUUGCCCGACUAGAAGAAAAGACCAAUAAAAUCACCACAGCCAUGAGGCAGCUGGAGCAAAGAUUGCAGCAAGCAGAGAAGGCACAGAUGGAAGCUGAGGUCGAGGAUGAGAAAUAUGCCCAAGAGUGUCUGAGCAGAUCCGACAGUCUGCAGAGACAGAUCUCACAGAAGGAGCAGCAGCUGCUGCAGCUGGAAACGGAUUUGAAGAUUGAGAAGGAAUGGAGGCAGACUCUGCAAGAAGAUCUUCAAAAGGAGAAAGAUGUCCUAGCUCAUCUUAGAAAUGAGACCCAACAAAUCAUUAGUCUCAAAAAAGAGUUUCUUAACCUCCAGGAUGAAAAUCAGCAGUUGAAAAAAAUAUACCAUGAACAAGAACAGGCUCUGCAAGAACUUGGCAGCAAACUCUGCGAAUCCAAACUUAAAAUAGACGACAUAAAAGAAGCCAACCAAGCAUUACAGGGACUGGUCUGGCUGAAAGACAAAGAGGCAACACACUGUAAGCUUUGUGAGAAGGAAUUUUCACUCUCCAAAAGAAAGCACCACUGUAGAAACUGCGGGGAAAUUUUCUGUAAUGCCUGCUCUGACAACGAGCUGCCUUUGCCUUCUUCACCAAAGCCAGUGCGAGUCUGUGAUUCCUGUCAUGCAAUACUCAUUCAGAGAUGCUCCUCUAAUGUGCCGUGACACUAAAACUAUCUUCCUGCACAGAAGCACCUGCCGUGAGUGUGAGGACCGAGUGUCCAGUCAGCACUGUGCCUCUCCUCCAGCUAACACCCAGGAUUCUAAGUUGUAUAGUUAGUAUUCCGUUUCUGCACUUACUCAGAUUUUAAGAUAGCAUGUUUUGUCACUACUUGGAACAGUCAUGUAACCCUUAAGGAAAGGCCAGAUAGCAGAGCUAAUAAUGCACAUUUGCCUUAUCUUCUAGAAGCCUUCUUGAGAACAAGGCCACAGCUUGUUUGUUUCUGAACUGUCAAGUUGGCACCGAUGGUGCCUGUAAU